AUGGGCGAUGAACUGGAGACUUCUGCUCUUGUGAGGAUGAAGAGUAAACUGAUCUACACACACUUCAUUCAAGUCUACCUAUCAAGAGUGGACUUACCAGAACCUGGAUGCAGUAAAUAUGUGAAUGGCAGUAAAGAAUGGCUGCAGAGAUACCUUGGAAAGUUUUCAAUUUUUGCAAGGCUUGAGGAUCUUAAAAAAAUAAACUCCAAUUUCUCUGCAAAAGAAGUUUUAGGGCAGCUCUCACCAAACCAGAAGGCUGAGCUGAUCCUGGAUCCAGACAGCGGCGCUUUGGAAAAUGAGACCAUCGUAAGGGAGGUGCUCACAAGCUUGACACAGUCCCCUGAUGAUGAGCAGCUCAAUCAGUUUUUUCAGACUUUUACAGACAUCAACAAGCAGAGAAACAUCACCUUCAUCACAAAUGUGGCCGUAAGAGACACCAUCUUGAACCUGACCUUGACAGCCCUUGCUCCUGAAUUUGAAGACUUUGAGCCUGAAGACUUCAAGCUGUGGUUCCAGGUCUAUUUGGUCACUGUGAUGGCCAGCCUCCAUCCUGGCAGCUUGGUGGUGAUCCCCACUAACAUCAGCUGUGCAUCCUACGCAGCUAUCCUCACUGGUCUUCAGCAAAGUGUGAAAUCCCUCCCAAUGGACCUUUCACAGGGCGUGAGAUCAAGCACAGAGUCACUCAAGGAGACAUUCACACGUUGCUCAGUUGCAGAUUCCUUCACGUGCGAGGACACCCCAGUUGAUGAGGGCCUCAUCUGUGGUGCAGUCAACAGAUCAUCACUCCAACAAGCCCUUUCUACUGGCAAUUCCUCUACAGUUCUGUGCAAUUUCACCAUCACUGCACAUGCCUGUUCCUCGGCUACACAUCUCACACCCAGCAACUUGGUGACACUGAUGAAAUGCUCACUGGAAAGCCAAAGCACAUACCCGGUAGAGGUCUGGAAGCUUCUCUUCCAAAAAGCUUCCACUGCACUAGACCAGGCUCUUGACUCAUUUGCCACCAUGGCCCCCAACAACAGCAAGCCAUCCUUGUCGCCUGCUCUUGAUGCUCUUGGAGAGGUGAGAAUUGCCAGCUUCAGCCAGGCAGAACUGCAGAGCCAAGAGUUUGUCCGCAGCUGGUUCCAGAGCAAGAUUCGUCCAUUUUUGGCCUCUGCAUCCCCCAACUUCCUAUUCUGCCUGAGCUCCAAGAACUUCAGCUGCUUUACAUACCAGACUGUCAUCCAGGUAUUCGGCAGCCAAAGGCCGUACAUGGACAGAGAAAGACAGCAAGCAGUCUUCACUCAUUUCAUCCAACCAUUCCUUUCAAGAAAUGACUCGUCAGAUCCUGGCUGUGUCUCCUCUGUCAGAGGUAGUAAAGAGUGGCUACAGACCAACCUUGGCGACUUCUCUGCUUUUGCAACCCUGCAGGAUUUGCAAGCCCUCAAUCCCAACUUCUCCAGUGCCGACACGUUGUCAGUGCUCACUCCUGCUCAGGUGGCACAGCUGACACUGAGCUCAGUGGACUCCAAUGACACAGACCAAAUCGACCGUGUGUUUGAGCGACUUGAGGAGGGCAAUGCUCUGGAAAAUGUGGAUGAAUUCCUGACACAGCUGACAGCAGAUGGAAAGGACCCUGAUUUCCAACCUGUUGUGAGAGACCGUGUAAUGAAUAAGACCUUCACCAUCAUCAGUCCCCACUUCCCACGCUUCAACACAGCGGACUGGUUUGCUUGGUUCCAUAUCAAACUGGUUCCUUUCCUGCCAAGUUUCACUGCAGUGAUGCUCAAGAAUGCAACCUCAGACAUAAACUGCACAGACUACCGUGUUGUUGUGAGCGGGCUGGCCAAAGUGUUCCCUGCAAUACCGCUGCGCAGACAACAAGAAAUCACACCUGUUCUGCUGGGCUACCUGAGAAAAUCUGCCAGUGUCAUCAAUGAGCCAGUUUGCAGGCAGGGAAUUCAGAGUGAUGCCCAAUGGCUUGAGACAAACUUGGGUCCAUUUUCCACCUAUGCAACAUACUCUGACCUCAAAGUCUUCAACCUGUCUGGGGUGGCAGUUGUGGGCUCCCUCUCACCAAACCAGAAGGCUGAGCUGAUCCUGGAUCCAGACAGCGGCGCUUUGGAAAAUGAGACCAUCGUAAGGGAGGUGCUCACAAGCUUGACACAGUCCCCUGAUGAUGAGCAGCUCAAUCAGUUUUUCCAGACUUUUACAGACAUCAACAAGCAGAGAAACAUCACCUUCAUCACAAAUGUGGCCGUAAGAGACACCAUCUUGAACCUGACCUUGACAGCCCUUGCUCCUGAAUUUGAAGACUUUGAGCCUGAAGACUUCAAGCUGUGGUUCCAGGUCUAUUUGGUCACUGUGAUGGCCAGCCUCCAUCCUGGCAGCUUGGUGGUGAUCCCCAGUAACAUCAGCUGUGCAUCCUACGCAGCUAUCCUCACUGGUCUUCAGCAAAGUGUGAAAUCCCUCCCAAUGGACCUUUCACAGGGCGUGAGAUCAAGCACAGAGUCACUCAAGGAGACAUUCACACGUUGCUCAGUUGCAGAUUCCUUCACGUGCGAGGACACCCCAGUUGAUGAGGGCCUCAUCUGUGGUGCAGUCAACAGAUCAUCACUCCAACAAGCCCUUUCUACUGGCAAUUCCUCUACAGUUCUGUGCAAUUGUACCAUCACUGCACAUGCCUGUUCCUCGGCUACACAUCUCACACCCAGCAACUUGGUGACACUAAUGAAAUGCUCACUGGAAAGCCAAAGCACAUACCCGGUAGAGGUCUGGAAGCUUCUCUUCCAAAAAGCUUCCACUGCACUAGACCAGGCUCUUGACUCAUUUGCCACCAUGGCCCCCAACAACAGCAAGCCAUCCUUGUCGCCUGCUCUUGAUGCUCUUGGAGAGGUGAGAAUUGCCAGCUUCAGCCAGGCAGAACUGCAGAGCCAAGAGUUUGUCCGCAGCUGGUUCCAGAGCAAGAUUCGUCCAUUUUUGGCCUCUGCAUCCCCCAACUUCCUAUUCUGCCUGAGCUCCAAGAACUUCAGCUGCUUUACAUACCAGACUGUCAUCCAGGUAUUCGGCAGCCAAAGGCCGUACAUGGACAGAGAAAGACAGCAAGCAGUCUUCACUCAUUUCAUCCAACCAUUCCUUUCAAGAAAUGACUCGUCAGAUCCUGGCUGUGUCUCCUCUGUCAGAGGUAGUAAAGAGUGGCUACAGACCAACCUUGGCGACUUCUCUGCUUUUGCAACCCUGCAGGAUUUGCAAGCCCUCAAUCCCAACUUCUCCAGUGCCAACACGUUGUCAGUGCUCACUCCUGCUCAGCUGGCACAGCUGACACUGAGCUCAGUGGACUCCAAUGACACAGACCAAAUCGAGCGUGUGUUUGAGCGACUGGAGGAGGGCAAUGCUCUGGAAAAUGUGGAUGAAUUCCUGACACAGCUGACAGCAAAUGGAAAGGACCCUGAUUUCCAACCUGUUGUGAGAGACCGUGUAAUGAAUAAGACCUUCACCAUCAUCAGUCCCCACUUCCCACGCUUCAACACAGCGGACUGGUUUGCUUGGUUCCAUAUCAAACUGGUUCCUUUCCUGCCAAGUUUCACUGCAGUGAUGCUCAAGAAUGCAACCUCAGACAUAAACUGCACAGACUACCGUGUUGUUGUGAGCGGGCUGGCCAAAGUGUUCCCUGCAAUACCGCUGCGCAGACAACAAGAAAUCACACCUGUUCUGCUGGGCUACCUGAGAAAAUCUGCCAGUGUCAUCAAUGAGCCAGUUUGCAGGCAGGGAAUUCAGAGUGAUGCCCAAUGGCUUGAGGCAAACUUGGGUCCAUUUUCCACCUAUGCAUCAUACUCUGACCUCAAAGUCUUCAACCUGUCUGGGGUGGCAGUUGUGGGCUCCCUCUCACCAAACCAGAAGGCUGAGCUGAUCCUGGAUCCAGACAGCGGCGCUUUGGAAAAUGAGACCAUCGUAAGGGAGGUGCUCACAAGCUUGACACAGUCCCCUGAUGAUGAGCAGCUCAAUCAGUUUUUCCAGACUUUUACAGACAUCAACAAGCAGAGAAACAUCACCUUCAUCACAAAUGUGGCCGUAAGAGACACCAUCUUGAACCUGACCUUGACAGCCCUUGCUCCUGAAUUUGAAGACUUUGAGCCUGAAGACUUCAAGCUGUGGUUCCAGGUCUAUUUGGUCACUGUGAUGGCCAGCCUCCAUCCUGGCAGCUUGGUGGUGAUCCCCAGUAACAUCAGCUGUGCAUCCUACGCAGCUAUCCUCACUGGUCUUCAGCAAAGUGUGAAAUCCCUCCCAAUGGACCUUUCACAGGGCGUGAGAUCAAGCACAGAGUCACUCAAGGAGACAUUCACACGUUGCUCAGUUGCAGAUUCCUUCACGUGCAAGGACACCCCAGUUGAUGAGGGCCUCAUCUGUGGUGCAGUCAACAGAUCAUCACUCCAACAAGCCCUUUCUACUGGCAAUUCCUCUACAGUCCUGUGCAAUUUUACCAUCACUGCACAUGCCUGUUCCUCGGCUACACAUCUCACACCCAGCAACUUGGUGACACUGAUGAAAUGCUCACUGGAAAGCCAAAGCACAUACCCGGUAGAGGUCUGGAAGCUUCUCUUCCAAAAAGCUUCCACUGCACUAGACCAGGCUCUUGACUCAUUUGCCACCAUGGCCCCCAACAACAGCAAGCCAUCCUUGUCGCCUGCUCUUGAUGCUCUUGGAGAGGUGAGAAUUGCCAGCUUCAGCCAGGCAGAACUGCAGAGCCAAGAGUUUGUCCGCAGCUGGUUCCAGAGCAAGAUUCGUCCAUUUUUGGCCUCUGCAUCCCCCAACUUCCUAUUCUGCCUGAGCUCCAAGAACUUCAGCUGCUUUACAUACCAGACUGUGUAA